UUUGCAGCUCUCUCUGUCGGACUGACAGCAGACACAACACCGAGCACAGAGCUCCGCUCUCACGGCCCCGUGCGUCCUCUCUCCCUCCGCCCGGAGCGGCAUGCGUCCUCAUUUACCAUGCACCAUGUAACGUACAUCCGCUCCUGCCGCUGGAAGUGACAUAUAUUCAUCCCGUGUGACAGCCUCGUCUCCGUGGACACCACAACGAUUGACAGACAGCACCCAUGGGCGCCGCCGCUGCUGCUGCUGCUGCUGUACGGGUGCACCCUCUGCGCUCUGCUGCUCUGUGGUGACCAGCCGGUUCGCCCAGGUGGGGUUGGUGACCCAUCGUUCCAAGCUUCACCACCAGGAAGGAUUAUUAUUACUCUCUCCGACCUCUGGGGUCGAUAAGAGGUAGAAGAUGGGGAGCACGACCUCUUGCUGCGUGUCUGCCAGCCCCAAGCUCCGCAGAAACGCUCACUCCAGGCUGGAGUCCUACCAGCAGGAGUCUGAUCUGAGCAGGGAGGAGACGGCGUGUAACCUGCAGCACAUCAGCGACAGGGAGAACGUGGACGAGUUGAAUAUGGAGUACAAUCCCUCGGACCAUCCAAGGGCCAGCACCAUCUUCCUCAGCAAAUCACAAAAUGAUGUUCGAGAUAAACGGAAAAGCCUUUUCAUCAAUAAUCAUGGCUCAUCAAGGAGGAAAUACAGCUCCUGCUCCACAAUCUUCCUUGACGACAACACAGUCAGCCAGCCCAACCUCAAAUACACCAUCAAAUGCGUAGCUUUGGCAAUCUACUACCAUAUAAAGAACAGGGACACAGAUGGAGGAAUGCUGUUAGACAUCUUUGAUGAGAAGCUUCAUCCUCUCUCAAAAUCAGAGGUGCCGCACGAUUACGACCAACACGACCCGGAGCAGAAGCAGAUCUAUCGGUUUGUCAGGACGUUGUUCAGCGCCGCUCAGCUCACGUCUGAGUGUGCCAUCGUCACACUGGUGUACCUGGAGAGGCUCCUGACCUACGCAGAGAUCGACAUCUGUCCAGGUAACUGGAAACGGAUUGUCCUAGGAGCAAUCCUGUUGGCCUCAAAGGUCUGGGAUGACCAGGCCGUGUGGAAUGUCGACUACUGCCAGAUCCUCAAGGACAUCACUGUGGAGGACAUGAAUGAGUUAGAGCGACAGUUCCUGGAGCUGCUGCAGUUCAACAUCAACGUGCCGUCCAGCGUCUACGCCAAGUAUUACUUUGACCUGCGGUCACUCUCAGAGUCCAACAACCUCAGCUUCCCUCUGGAGCCGCUGAGCAGAGAAAAGGCCCAAAGACUAGAGGCUAUUUCCAGGCUGUGUGAUGACAAGUACAAGGACGUCCGCAGAGCUGCGAGAAAACGCUCCGCAAGCACAGACAAUCUAUGUGGGAUCAGAUGGGUUCCUGCUAUCCUUUCCUAACUAGACGCCAUUAACUAAACCCUGGCGUCAGGAUUCACAUGCUGGUUUGAUGUGAGAACUCCUACACACAAACUGUGAUGGACCAAAACAUUAUGGUUCAAAACUUCAGGAUGGAUGAAACAUAGAGGAACAGUGACGAAAAACUGGAACAAGACGUCUCUGGAGAGAUCUUCUUGACUUGAUGCCUUCACAGUGCCUCGACUCUUCUAACAAAAGAGUUCCAGGUUGUUUUAUCAUCUUGAGAGAAGAUUAACCUAUGGACCAAUGAAGACAGUCUUGGAAAAUCCUGGAAACAGCCUUCAAAUGUUGCCAGGACUUGGCUUUGUGAACUUGUCUAAAUGUAUCAGCACUGUUCUGACAUGACCUGCCCUUAAGAUGGCCUUCAACUUCACACUGAAGCUUAUUAUUAUUUAUUUCACUUUACAUGUGAGCUUAUGGACGGUUUCGACAGCUUGGACUCUUAGUAUUUACAGAAUUUCAAAAACGUAGCAUAGCACUGGAAUUUCUACUUAUUUAUUUCCUUUUACAGGUCUUAGAAUAAUAAAAGUAUUAACACGUUUCCUCAUUUUGGAAGUCUUUAUAUUCAGCGUUUACAGUAAUUCAAGUGUAAC